AAUAAUAAAGAAGUUGGAAUGUGGAAGCGAUGUUUGGAAUAAUAGAAAUCGGAAAUGGAUUGAUUGUUUAGUGUUUAUAUGAAGAAAUCGUUAAUUGCUAAAAACGCUCGGUCGCUCGCUCUUGAUUAAAUGCUAUCUGAAAAUAUUAAUUUUAAAAUUUAUUAUUUAAUUAAAUAUGAAUUAAAUAAAAGGAACACUCGCAUUUUCGCUCUCUCUUUUUUCUCAGUAUCUUGGCUUUCUCAAGAGGGAAGUGUUCCGCCGGAGGAGAAUCUCCUGCUCCAUCGUCUAUCUACGGGUUUGAUCGUUCUCCAUUUUCUUUGGUUAUAUCGGCAGAUAAUAUGAUGCUUUGUUUGAUUUUUCAUUCAAGAAGAGUGAAAUCAUUUGAUUUUUUCAAUUCUAAUUUCUAAAAAGUUGAAAAAUCCUAGUUUGGAUUGCUUCUCCAGAGCUUAAAUGUUUGGCAACAAGGUUUUUAUAACAUACAAGCGAAAGCGGCUGGCAGGAAAUGGUAUUUCCCAAGGUGAUGGGUGCUAUAAAUCACUCUCUAUGGAUUCAAAUGAGGCUUCUUUAACCAAUCCACACUUACGCGAAGAAUUGAUUGAUAUGCACAUGGCAGACAAUCAGAAAGAGAAUUCUACACAUAUUUCUCGAGGGAGAAGGUUAUGUUGCAGACGUAUCAAGCAACAAGAUCCUUCGGCAUCUCAGUCAAUACGAAAAUCAAGCAGACUUAAGGCAAAGCUACACAAAGAAGGAUCUGAUAUUAGACAAAUGACAAUUAAUUCUCAUAAAUUUCUAAUGAGCAGUUCUCUUGGGGAUAUAUCAGAAAGGGAAAAAGAUGGACUGUCUUCUACAGAUAAUUUGUUGGAGAACAAGUCAAUAUUGAUUAUUCCAAAUGCUAAUGUUGACUCUUCAGGCAAUGAUGAUUGUUCCAUAGGUAAAUUGGUUUCUUCCUCAGCGGGAAUUGCUACUAAUAUGACCACGGAUAAUGUCGGGCUAAAAUCAUCAUCUUUUGAACAAAGAAGCAUAUUAGAAUGCGAUGAUAUCUCAUCUAGGUCAAAAACAUCAAGCUUAGAGAAAACUGAAUUACUGGUUGAAGAUAAGUUCAAAAUUUUAUGUAGUGAUUCAGUUAGAGAAACAAAGUUGACAUUUCCUUUGGUCACAAGUUUACAUAGUGAUUCUGCUGAGGAAAUCAAGUUGAAAUGUCCUUUAAUUACUUUCAGUCGACGAUGUAGAAAAAGAAAGGUUAUGGAUGUGGCUGAUUCACAAAGAAAAUUGCUGCUCGGAAAUAAUUCAUUAGAUACCCAACAGAGUAUUUCUCCAUGUGGUAAGACAUCGUCAUGUGCAGCAAUGCAUAAAAGCUGCUCUGUAGAUCAUGCAACAGAUUUAAAUCCAGUAGAGAAGGUUCAAGAUACAAGCCUGAUGUUUCAUCAAGUUAAAAAUGAAAAAACAGAUGGUGAAUCUAUUGCUGAUGCUGGACCUGUUCGGGAGCCUAAAAUUGUGAUUAUUGAGGGAGAACAACCGUGUGAUGGGAAUACUGUUUCUGAUGAUGUCUUACAUGUAGCUGAACAAGUCCUUGACCCGAGUGCUUCUGUAGUGGCUGAUGUCCAGGAAGAUCUACCUAUGGAUUCUUUAGAAAUCUCUUUAAAUAGUGCUACUGCUAUAAAAGGCUCCUCUGCUGAAUAUGCAAUUGCUGGUGAACAACCAGAAAAAAGCCAUGCAUGUGUUGGACAGGAAUCUCACCAUGCUUGUGUUGGACAGGAAUCUCAGGCUAUCUCAAGUGAUGGCGUCAAGGCUACAAUAGAAGGAUCAGUUCCAUUUGUCGAUCUGUCGGUUGCUUCUACUGUAGAUUCAAGGGGUACUCAGGCCUGUAAAGUUGACUUGGAUUUAAAUUCCCAAAACCUUUCUGUUCAAGCUGGGUCAGAAACUCCUUGGGACUCAAUGGAACCUAUUAGCAGAAGUCAUUCCACUUGUUCCCAUGAACUGUCUCAUCCAGAAAUAUUGGAUGUUAGAAAUGAGCGUAAAGGGAAGUCUAUUUCAACCCACCCGUCACAGUUAGAAAGAGAUGCAAGUGCAUUUGUGGAAGAAGCUAGCGUCAAUGGUAAUGAUAAAGAAAAAGCUUCUCUUUCCAUGGACUUCAUGUCGGAAAAGAAGUGCCUGCAGCUAUUCUCAGAUGAAAUGACAAAUGACAGUUUACAAUUUGUAAUGAAGCAACCAGAGGUGACUGCUUUUACAGUUUUGGAAGAAAGAAAAACUCAUCAGUUGGGCAAUGAAAAUGACAAGCUCAAACAAGGGUCUCCACCGCAUUUAGACCUGUCCUUGCCAACAAAGCCUAAACUGACAAGAUUUGCCUCCAAUGAUUGCCCCACUAGAUUUCCCUUGAACUCUUUCUGCCAAACUAGAGAAUGUUUCCAUGAUGCAGUGCCUCAAGCUUCGUCAAGCCAAUUGUCAUCAUUUACAAGACAAAAGCUGAUGCUUGACAGCAUUUUAAACCGAGGAAGAGUUCUGAAUGAAAGAGAAAGCUUUCAAGACAGGUUCAAGCCUUACAUUAAUGCAUGGACAGAAGAAGAGUUAGAUUUUUUAUGGAUUGGUGUCAGAAGACAUGGAAGGGACAACUGGGAUGCUAUGCUGAGGGACCCAAAAUUGCACUUUUCAUCUUGGAGGGUGCCAAGAGACCUGGCUGAGCGUUGGGAAGAGGAACAAUCUAGACUUUUGAAGGGAACAUUUGCCCUGCAGUAUUAUUCAAAAGCACAAGGUAUGUCUUUGGACCUUGACAGGAGCUCCUUGGGUCUGAAGUCGGGAAGUUGGAGGGAGAACAUGAUGGAUGAAACUCAACUUUCACUUGGAGAUGUAUAUGCUCAUAGAGGAGGUAAGAUCUCACGGAGGUCGCGUAAAAAAUCUUCUUAUGGCUGGAACAGUGGAGCUGAAUAUCUUCAGGGGCCCAUUGGUUAUCCAUGUAGAAAUCCUUCUAUUGAUAAUCAAGUUGGAAAAUAUGAAAGGGAGCCAUUUAACUAUUUAAGUAGCAAGAUUGCACCUCAAAAUAAUCCUUUAGCAACUGAUGGUCCUGCAACCGUAAUGGCAGCAAAGGGCAAUUUGCCUCAUUGGCUCAGAGAAGCAGUGUUUACUUCUGCAUGGCAAGCUGGGCCAAAUCUGCAAUCAGCGGUUUCCUCCAUCCCUCAUUCACAAACAUUAUAUCCUGGCUAUCCCUAUUUAGACCCUUUUGAUUUACACCAUGGACCAAGAAAUGAAAUGCACCAUGCAUUUGGUGGUUUGAGUGCAGAGGAUACACAUCCAUCUGGUAGAGCUUAUCGUUACAACAACUCAUUGAGAAUGAGACAUGGAAAAGCUGAACUGCAAAAGGCUUCUUCAACAGCUGGUAAGCUAGAUGAUGUGAUCGUUAUAAACAGUGAUGCAUCUUCGGAAGAGACUAUAUCUGAUGAUCAUAGUGGUAGGCCUUAGAAGCAGCUUUCUUAGGUAGAACUCUUCUAGAUUGUCAGACUUGUAGAGAGGUGUUAUAUUUAUAUCAUGUAAAAUUUUGUAGUCAACAAUUUGUGAAUACGGAGAAUGAUUUGUACUUGAUACUAUGAUUUAUGAGUCAAUUUGGUUGAAGUUCGGAAUGAACUACUAAAACCAUUGAAUGUGUAUGAGAUCAGAGUUUCCA